AAAAGGCGUAAUUGGGUCACUACAUGUACACAUUUCAUAGCGAAGAAAUCUCAUGUUCUGAUUUUGGUCCAUAGCUGCCCAGAGAAGGUUGCAGCCGAAUAUCAGAUGAUGAUGAUCCCGAGUGUACAAUUCGGGUCAAUUGCGAGUGAAGAGCCAACAGAGGAAGCUAUGCCGAGGGAUGCGAUCAGCUAACACGAGGGACAUGGCAGUAGAUUUUGUUCUACACUAGUCCCUGUUGAUUCUUGAAUAUCCAAUCAAAAGGCCAAAGGUAGUGAUGGAGUUAUAUAAAUAGUUGGACCUAUGAAUCAUUAUUCUCAUUCAAAGAUCAUCAAUGCAUCUUCUCUGCUCUCUCGACAAAUAACAAAACCGAUUAGCUUUUUUCCCCCUAGAACACGCAAAGUAAGAAAGAUGGGAGACGCAGAGACUUUUGCUUUCCAGGCUGAGAUCAACCAAUUGCUCUCACUCAUCAUCAAUACCUUUUACAGCAACAAGGAGAUCUUCCUUCGUGAACUCAUCAGCAACUCUUCCGAUGCUUUGGACAAGAUUAGGUUUGAGUCCUUGACCGACAAGAGCAAGCUCGAUGGCCAGCAAGAGCUUCUCAUUCGCAUCGUUCCUGACAAGACCAACAACACCUUGACCAUUAUUGACAGUGGUGUCGGGAUGACCAAGGCUGAUUUGGUCAACAACCUCGGAACAAUCGCGAGGUCCGGUACCAAGGAGUUCAUGGAGGCGUUGGCUGCUGGAGCCGACGUGAGCAUGAUUGGGCAGUUUGGUGUUGGUUUCUACUCUGCCUACUUGGUCGCUGAUAAGGUCAUUGUCACCACAAAGCACAAUGACGAUGAGCAGUACGUGUGGGAGUCUCAGGCAGGUGGAUCUUUCACCGUUACCAGAGACAACUCUGGCGAGAGUCUUGGUAGGGGGACGAAGAUGACACUUUACCUCAAGGAAGACCAGUUGGAGUACUUAGAGGAGAGAAGGCUUAAGGAUCUUGUCAAGAAGCACUCUGAGUUCAUCAGCUACCCAAUCUCUCUCUGGAGGAUCAUGAAAGCUCAAGCUUUGAGAGAUAGCAACACGGGUGGUUACAUGUCGAGCAAGAAGACAAUGGAGAUUAAUCCAGAGAACUCGAUCAUGGAUGAGCUGAGAAAGAGAGCUGAAGCGGAUAAGAAUGAUAAGUCUGUCAAGGAUCUUGUUCUUCUUCUCUUUGAGACUGCUCUUCUCACUUCCGCCUUCCUGUUUGUUCCAUGGAUCUACGUCGAGUUCCCUGUUCUCAGAGACACAUCAAGCUUCCACUUCGAUUACGCCAUCUUCGGGACGAAUUCGUGCUGUGCCUUCGCACUGAAUCUCGCUGUGUUCCUUCUCGUGGGGAAAACCUCUGCUUUGACCAUGAAUGUUGCUGGUGUGGUUAAGGAUUGGCUCUUGAUCGCGUUCUCGUGGUCUGUGAUUAAGGACACUGUGACUCCUAUCAACCUUUUCGGGUACGGGAUCGCGUUCUUGGGAGUUGCGUACUACAAUCACGCGAAACUGCAGGCCUUGAAGGCUAAAGAGGCUCAGAAGAAGAUUCAGCAAGCUGAUGAAGAGAGUGGUCGGUUGCUUGAAGAGAGGGAAGGAGAUGCAGAAGGUAAGAAGAAUGAGUCUGAGAACUAA